AUGGACAGCGUCGGUGGCGGUGGUAGUUACAGAAUAGAGGCGGAACAGUGGUUGACGAUAUCAGAGAAGCUACUAACAGCACGCGAUGUUCAAGGAGCUAAAAGCUUCGCGAUCCGGGCGCGUGAAUCGGACCCUAGAUUACUCAAAUUCGCCGACCAAAUAAUCGCCGUAGCUGACACGCUCCUCGCCGGAGAAUUAAGAGUGAUAAACUACAACACGGGAAGCAAUAACAACGACUAUUAUGCGAUAUUACAGAUUUCAAGACUGAGUCAAUCGAUGAAACUCGUCGCGAAUCAGUACAGAAAAUUAGCUUUGCAGUUGAAUCCGACGAGGAAUAGGCUUUCAUUUGCUGAGCUGGCUUUUCGGCUUGUAUCUGAAGCCUGGAUGGUGUUUUCUAAUCCUUCUAAGAAGGCAUUGUAUGAUCAUGAGCUGCAAUUAGUGAUAGAGUGA